AUCUAAAUUGUUAACCAGGUAACAAUAUAGAUUUCCUGAGCUUCCCCAAUUACACUGUGAUCUCCUAUAGGGCUGAAAUUGUCCUUUGGCUUUUUGGGGGUAGAGGAGAGGGUAUCUCCAGUGUUUGACAUAGUGACUCCCCCACCCCUUCAUAACAGGUACUUAAAUAAAUGUUUAUUGACUGACUGGAUGUUUUCUAUUAAAUUUCUUUAAUAAGAUGAAGAAUUUUUUAUGGGGCAAAAAUAGCAUGAGAGAGACACAUGCUUGUUUACUAGAUUUGGAAUCUCAAGAUCAUAGUUCUAGCCACAGCUUUACCAGAAUACAUGAACUAUUAUAAACACAUGCAUAUACACACAUUUUAUUUCUUUUUUUUUUGGCUAAUCAUAUGUAUUUUAUGCAUUUAAAAACAUUUGAAAAGGUGUUCAUAAACUUUACCUGUGGGGAUAAUACAAAAAAAAUUUUUUUAAGAACCCCUAGUUUAGGUAGACACAGGGAUUGUGAGUGGAGCCUUAGGUUGCCAUUUCUUUUAUAACAUCAAGGGUAAUACUAGUUUGUUCUUUAGACUCUUCCAGCCUCAUCUUAAAUCCUGCCUUUUACAAGAAACCUUUACUGACCUUUAAUUCUGAAGCCUUCCCUCUGUCCAUUUAUUUUCAAUUUAUAUGGAAUAUAGUUUGUGCAAAGUUGUUUAUAUGUUGUCUCUACCUCAAGGCUGUGACCUUGAGAGCAGAAACUGUUAUUUUGCCUUUUCUAGUCCCAGUGCUUAGCAUAGUGCCUGGCACAUAGUAGGCACUUAAUAAAUGUUUAUUGACUGACUGACUGACUGAAAUUGGGGGGGAGGGGUAGUAUAGGUGCUGUUGUAGCAGGGCUGAUUGGCUAGGGUGACUGAGCCCCCUACUUCGUGUCCUGGUGGUUGACUAUAUAGCAUGAAGCAUGGUCUGGCACUUGCUGGAGAUAGAGGGCUCAGUUGGGUUUGAAGAUUAUGGGCCAGAUUGUGAUAGCAUGAGGAUAACUGCCUUCUUGGACAUUCCGGGACAAGAUAAUUUGACUCCACUAGCCCGAUUGGAAAAGUAUGCCUUUAGUGAUAAUAUUUUCAAUCGACAGAUUAUUGCUAGAGGACUGUUAGAUGUCUUCCGGGACUUCAGUAAUAAUGAGGAAGAUUUCUUGACUGUGAUGGAGAUAGUGGUCAGACUGUCAGAAGAUGCAGAGCCUACAGUGAGGACAGAGCUGAUGGAACAAAUACCUCCUAUUGCCAUUUUCUUGCAAGAAAGUCGACCAAACUUUCCAUUGGCAUUCUCUGAAUAUCUUAUGCCCAUUGUCGUGAGGUAUCUCACAGAUCCAAAUAACCAGGUUAGGAAAUCAAGUCAGGAAGUAUUGUUAAUUCUAUUGGAACAGGAGCUAAUUUUUCAAAAUGAUAUUGAAAACAAAGUUUGCCCAAUACUACUGGAACUUUCUGCUCCAGACAGUGGUGAUGAAUACAAAGCAGAAGCUGUGAAUAUAAUCUGCAAAAUGGCUUCAAUGCUGAGCAAAAGCACAGUUGAACGCCUGCUGCUUCCUCGAUUUUGUGAAUUGUGUGGUGAUGGAAAGCUCUUCCAAGUUCGGAAGGUCUGUGCUACAAAUUUUGGAGAUGUUUGUAAUGCUGUUGGACAAGAAGCUACAGAGAAAUUUUUGAUCCCAAAGUUUUUUGAACUCUGCUCGGAUAGUGUUUGGGGAAUGCGGAAAGCUUGUGCUGAAUGCUUUAUGGCUGUGUCCUACACCACUUCAUCUGAAGUUCGGAGAACCAAACUAUCUCCUCUCUUUAUUAGUCUUAUCAGUGACCCUUGUAGAUGGGUGCGACAGGCUGCUUUUCAGUCUCUUGGUCCAUUUAUUUCUACCUUUGCAAACCCUUCUAGUGCUGGUCUUUAUAUCCGAGAGGAUGGAACCCUAAGUAUCCGACCACCAGCACAGGAUAUAACUUCUACUUCAGGCUCCACAGACAGUCGUGUCAAUAUUACAUCAUCUUGUUCAGGAAAUUCUGAACCCACCAAACCAGAUCCACUGACCGAAGUAACAUCAAUUGAAACUAGUAAUUUCCUGCAUAUUGAAAGUUCACACGUAAGUGGAAUGGAAAAGAGAAUGGCCUGCCCUGCUAGUGCUGAAGAAGAGUUGAUUAAAAGUUGCCAGAGUGACAGUUCUUGUGCAAUCAAGGAUGCUAAUGAUAGUCAAGUAAACAACUGCCAGGGACUGAAGAGAGCUUAUUCAGGAAGUUCUGAGGACAUAUUCAAUAAUUUUCUUUACUGGCGUACUCCUCUCCCAGAUAUCAGCCAGGAUUUAGAACUGCUUCAAACCAAGACUGAGCAGCAGGAAGAAGGAUGCUGUAUACCUGACACUGUGUGUAAAAACUGUGUUGCCAGUAGUGAAAUUAAAAAAGUAUUGGAAAGUUUGCAGGAACAUAUGAUGAAUGAUCCAGAUGUCCAAGCUCAGGUUCAGGUGUUAUCAGCUGCACUAAGAGCUGCCCAGCUUGACUCCAUAAGUGAUUCUGAAACUAAAACUGCAAAAAAGUCCCAUCAAGAAGUACCCAAUUCAGACCUUAGCUCUUCUGCUGAAAAUCAGAACAUUCUCUCUUCUGUAUCAACCCAAGAUGAGCUGUUUGUGGCCAGGGUAAUACAGAGCACAGAUUCUGAAAAACAUCUUAAUGGAACCAAUGAACAUUUGCAAAAAGAACAAAGAUCUGAGCAUACUCCAUUUGAAGAUGAUAAGUCUAAGUUACAGGAUAUAAUCCCUCAGCCAUUAUUAGAUCAGUAUUUAUCAAUGACUGAUCCAGCCAGAGCUCAGACUGUUGAUACUGAUAUAGCCAAACAUUGUGCAUAUAGUCUUCCUGGUGUGGCUUUAACUUUGGGGAGGCAGAACUGGCAUUGCCUGAAAGAUACAUAUGAAACACUGGCAUCAGAUGUACAGUGGAAGGUACGCCGAACACUAGCUUUUUCAAUUCAUGAGCUAGCUGUAAUUCUUGGAGAUCAGUUAACAGCAGCUGAUUUGGUUCCAAUAUUUAAUGGAUUCUUAAAGGAUUUAGAUGAAGUACGCAUUGGAGUUCUUAAACAUCUCUAUGAUUUUCUAAAGUUGCUUCAUGCAGACAAGAGGAGAGAGUAUCUUUACCAACUUCAAGAGUUUGUAGUAACUGACAAUAGUAGGAAUUGGAGGUUUCGAUAUGAAUUAGCAGAACAACUGAUCCUGAUUUUGGAACUCUACAGCCCUAAUGAUGUUUAUGACUACCUAAUGCAUAUUGCACUAAAACUGUGUGCAGAUAAAGUUUCUGAAGUUCGGUGGAUCUCCUUUAAGCUAGUUGUAGCAAUUUUGCAGAAGUUCUAUUCAAACAAUGCAAGUCCUUUGGGAUUAAAUUUUAUCAAUGAACUCAUAAUCAGAUUUCGACAUUGUCCCAAGUGGGUUGGAAGGCAAGCUUUUGCAUUCAUUUGUCAGGCAGUGGUAAGAGAGGAGUGUAUACCUGUCGACCAGUUUGUGGAACACCUACUUCCCAGUCUUUUAAGUCUUGCUUCUGAUCCUGUGCCAAAUGUAAGGGUUUUGCUAGCCAAGGCCCUACGACAAACACUACUAGAAAAAGCUUAUUUUAGAAAUGCUGGUAACCCUCAUCUUGAAGUUGUUGAAGAAACUGUAUUAGCCUUGCAGUCAGACAGAGACCAGGAUGUUUCCUUUUUUGCCACCCUAGAGCCAAAACGAAAUAUUAUGGAUACAGCUGCUCUAGAAAAACAGAAUUAAUUUGCUUAAAAUCUGAAUUAUGAUUGUAUAAUCUUCAUAUCAUUUUAUGGUAACAAUGAAGAAGGGGAACUGUUUUGUAUCUGCCUGAAGAGAAAAGACUUCUUAUCUUAUUAUCAUAACACUUACUAAAUGAAAACUGUCAUCUGCAGCAACAUACAUUUCAUAUUGGACAGUUACUUAUUUCAGUUAUGCUGUGCCUGCUUUGCUUUUGCCUUCCCCCUAUGAAAAUGAGCCAAUACUGUGUAGAUCCUUUUAGUUUGAUGCAUAACCAGAAUCUUCAUACCAUCAGAUUGCCUGAUAGUAAUUUUAUAUCAUAUUAUUUAAAAUUAUUUUUCAUAAUAAAGUAGUUUACUACCAGCUUUAAAGCCUGAAGUUUAGUAAACUUGUAUAUUUUGAUGCACUGAUACCCCUUUUUAAUAUAGUUUAUGGUGUCACAUUUUAUUUUACCAGAAAUAUUGUAUAUAUGUGAAUAAUUCUUGGCCAGAAAAAAAUAUAUUUACUCCAGUGUCAACUUCCUUCCACUAAAACCUUAUAAAUACAUCAUUUUCAUUUAUACUCUACUUUGUUGUUGCAAAUUAGCCCAAUAUUUGUUUGCUUUUGAAUAUACAUAAUAUUUUCUUAAAUGUACUAAAGAAAAUGUAUAACAACUUUUUAUAUUGUAGUUUUUAUUCUUAUAAACUGUUAUUGGAACUUUCUUAAGCACUUAAUUAUUUCUCACUCUUGCUGCUGGAACUAUGUUAUAUUCAUAAGUGUACAUAUUGGCCAUUCACAGGAAUAAAAUUAUAUAAAAACAAUUCAUUGGUUAUAUUAGCACAUUUAUGAAUAUGAAAGGAAGUUUUCUGAUUGAAAUGUAUGGGAAGUAACUGGCCACAGUUCUUGAAAUUGAACAGAAGUAGGAAACAAUGCAGGUAACUAAUAACAAAUCAAUAUGCAUAUUAUCCAUAACAGUGAUCAUGGCAGGGGGCGGUAGGAGGGGAAGACAACAUUAAGUAUAUCUUUAAGUACACAGAGUCUAGACAUUAUGUGUACAGUUUAGAAUAAGGAGAAACUGAUCUAUUUGGACCAAUUUUCAUCAGAUGAUGAUUCUAAUUUUUAUUAUGGUCUAUUUACUACAAAAGCAUAUACAUAUAUAUAUAUAUAUAUAUAUAUGUAUGUAUGUGUGUGUGUGUGUGUGUGCCCAUGUAAAAUUUUGUUUCUUUUCCUUUUGAAAAAUGAAACAUAAGCUAAAAAUAAGCAUUCCAGUUUUAUUCUAAGAGUAACCUGUAGAGGGAGUAUAAGUUAGAAUUAUUAUACUUCCCUAAUAAGUUUGAAUAGGUUUUUCUGAAGACACAGAAUUUCUUGGUACACCUGGCCAAAUUUUCUGAUUCUCUUUUAGCUUAUUAUAUUAAAAAAUAGCAAGACCUAAACUUCAAUGCAGAGAAAUGGAUACCAUUCUGGACUUGGCGGAAAAAUAAAGGGCAUGAGUUAAAAUGUCAAAACAUAAUAUUGACUUUUAAUUUGUAGAGGGAACUGUAAAAAUUAAAUUAGUUUCUUACAGAACACUUUUGCCAACUUUGGUCAAGUACAGGUUAGUACAUGAAGGGUACACUUUUUUUUUAAUAUGAACUUUCAAACAUCCAAUAGAGCUAGCUAAUGUAAAUAGAUAGAGAUCCAGUUUUACUGUAUAACAAGCAAUUCUGAUUACUUUAUUGUCUGUAAAUUAAGAUUGUUACAUCAAGUAAAUUGUUAGCCUAGCAGCAAGUAGAAUUUGUUCAACUGGAAUUUUGUAUUUUGUGUAGGGUUUAAUUUUAUACAGUAGUCUAUCAGAUUAUAUUCGUAUUGUGUUUAGAAUUUUGCAUGAUAUAUCAUACAUGCUUUUAGAAUUUAUAAGUAAAGUUGUUAGUGCUUUGGCAGAUAAGCUCUAAAAUUCCAGUUGUACAUUAAAAUUUUUGUGGGAUUUUAAUAUGAAUGCCUCUCCAACACAAAAUUUUUUAUGACUGAAGUUUCUCUGCAAAAAAAGUAUUUUUUGUAGUUUUUUAAUAUCUUUUCUACUGCUAACAUUUGAGUAUUUUUAAAUAACUCAGAUUUUCUAAAUUGUUCUCCCUUUACUUUCCAUUUUAUUUUUCCUACCAUUAAAUUUCUUAGUGUUGAUUAUACUUUUUUUAAAAAGUGUACAAAGAUACAUGUUUUGAGUGUUUGUAACUGAUCAUCACUUUUAAGCUCCCUGCUUUUAUUAAUAGUCUUCUUCAAUGACUCACUGAAAACAUAGUAGUUAUGUUUCUCACAGAAUAUUUAGUUGAAUGUGUUGUUAAAUAAUAGGCUAUUUUCUAACUUUUCCAAAAUGGAAAUGUUUCCAUUGUUAAAAUUUUUUUAAGCACCUUUCAAAUUCCAAAAAUUUAUUACCAUUUAAACACUUGACAGUUUUUGAUAUAGCUUUCUAAGUUUAUGUAAAUGGAUAUCUGCAUGCAUUAGAAGAGGAGAAAAUGUAGAACUUUCUAACAUCAGGCAAUGUGCAGAUCUGCUGAAGUGGCUCAUCUUUCUAAGAUGUCAGUUUUCUCCUUCAUCCUGGAAAUAUGAUUUUUAAGCAUGACCAAGGCAGCUCUUUUAGACAAGGUAUAUAUUAUGGUGAUUUUAAAAACUAUAUUUACAUGUAAUUCCUCAAGUUGGUUUACUUUUAAUUAUGCAAAAAAGUGUACUUUAAAUACACAUGCCGCAAAGGUACAUUUUUAUAACAGCAGUAAGAAUUUAAUUUAAAUUUUACUACGGGACAUGAAAUUAACAUUAGUGGUGCAAUAUUGUUUGGAUACUGUAGAAAACUAUCAGGCACUUGUAAUCCAAAGCAUGUAAGUCAUGUUGAGAAUUCAAACUCACUGUUAUCUAUGUUAAUGUUAUAUAAAUAAUAUACACAUGGCAUCUAAUAGGAUAUUGCCUUAGUGACAGAAAACAGUGUUUUAGAGCCCAAAUAAAUGGGGACACUCUGGAAGUGCCACUGAUUGUCAAAAUAUAGAAUCUAUGUAACAUUGUAUUUAUCUCAAUAAACCUCAUGAUUGUUUUAUGGAA